AUGUUGGUCCUUGGAGCCCGGCUUUUGGCGGCCCUGUCCUGCAUCUCAAUUCUCCAAACCUAUGCCUACGAUAUUACGGGUGUUCAAACUGGAGUGAAGCCGUCGGGUGAACGGCCUGCAAGACAGGACCUUAUCGAUUUCCAGAAUUCGGGUCCUGCUUUUGACCUCUAUGUUCAGGCUCUUCAAAGGUUCCAAGUGAGCCAGACUGAUAUGCUGGGGUUCUUCGAAAUUGCUGGCAUCCACGGUCUACCUUACAAGGCAUGGGAUGGCAUGCAAAUCUCGAAGUAUGCUCUCGAAAUUGCGCAACAGUACCCUGCCUCCACUCGCAGUCAAUAUAUUGCUGCUGCUGAAAACUUGCGAAUUCCCUACUGGGACUGGGCGAGCAAUCCAGUGCUGCCCUCAAGUUUGAUCAAUACCCAGAUUCAGAUCACCACCCCCCAGGGAAGACAAUCCAUUACCAACCCGCUCUACAGCUAUACCAUCAACCCCACAACUGGGAAGGGGUUCCCCAGCAAUGACCCUCUCUCCCGAUACAGGACCACUGUCAGGUGCCCAGAUUCCAGAGGCCAAACGAAUCACAAUCUUGUCCAGAGCAACCUGAGAAACAGGGGCGCAAACAUCCGCCAGAGCACAUACGCCCUGUUUACCUCUCAACCGGACUACACUGGGCUCUCAACCAGAGUUGCUAGCAGCCGUAACCUUGAGUCUAUCCAUGACGGCAUCCAUGUUGCUGUUGGUGGAAACGGACACAUGUCGGCUGUCCCAUGGUCUGCCUUUGACCCCGUCUUCUGGCUUCAUCAUGCCAACGUUGAUCGUGUCUUAGCUUUGUGGCAGGCGAUCUAUCCGGAUUCCUGGGUUGGACGAUUGGCUAGUACCGUUAAUACUUAUGUCACUCCACGCGGAACAAUCGAAACUGGCUCUACUCCCCUAAAACCGUUCCAUUCCCAGGGUAGCGCUUUCUGGGAUUCCAACACGUCACGCGCGACAAGAUCAUUCGGCUACACGUAUCCCGAAAUUCAGGAUUGGAAUGUCACUAAGGAAGAACUUCGAGCAAACGUUAUCCGAAAGGUCAACGAGCUCUACAACAGUAGGGCUGCAAAUCAGAAACGAGCCGAUGGUGACCGUAAGGUCCUUGAUCUCGCUACUAUCUCUAAGUCGACAUUCAAGAUCGCAGACGUCUUGAAGGAUCUUGCUCGAAUGACUACUGAAGACUUUGAGAAACUCGGUGUUAACAACUUAGAGAAGCAGUGGUUCGCCAACAUCAAGGUCGACGUGCUCGCCCUCCCAGACCCGUUCCACAUCCAUUUCUUCCUCGGCGAUCCACCAAGUGAUGCUAGCACCUGGUCCUCCGCCUCCAACCUUGUCGCCACCUUCUCUACUUUCCGUCCAUUCGUGCGCGAGCCCAACUCCAUGGCCCAUAUCUCCCUCAAUGAAUUGCCACUUUCCCACGCCAUCGCCAAAGCGCAAGCCGACGGCAUCAUCAAGGACAUCACUCAAGAAAACGUCGUGCCUCUUCUCAAGACCCAUCUCCACUGGCGCGUGCAGGACUUUAACGGAAAGGAAAUCGAUGUCGAGAAGUUGGUCAACUCUUCCGCCGGUGACGAGCCUGGUUUGGCGGUGGAAGUCGCCAGCCGAGAUGUCACCCCCAUCGUUGGAGACGUUCCUGAACUCCCCAAGAUCGGCGACAUGGAAAUCUUUGAGGAAAUUACCAAGGGCAAGCCCGGUGGUGCCAUUGGUGGUAAGCUCAGGAGCAGACAUUUCUUCGGUGGAAGAAAAUAA